UAGAAAUCUAGCAAACUAUUUUCCGGGAAAAACAAAAAUGGCAUUGGCUCCGCUCAGUUCUCCUUUCGUUUUCGAAUCACACACACUAAGCAAAGCUUCAGAGAAACAAAAAGAUGUUUCGAAAAUUCGAAAACAUUAUUUUAAUCACGCUAUAACAUUAAUAUUGCCAGGGAUAGAUAUGGUGCCGAAUUAUAUUUCACACUGUUUUUUGAAUCAGAUGUCUUACAGCUUACAUCAGCUUCCUUUGUACAGACUAAUUGAGAUGCCAUUUCUUCAAACUUUUGUUAAAAAAGGUGCAAUGUAUGUGCUAUCCAUCAACACUCAACUUGACACUGAUAACUGUGUAUCUAUAACACCAACAGGGCAGAUGCUGCUAAGUUUGACCAAAGACACUUAUGAGGAGCUGGGGCUUCAAGCUGAGACACAGUCCCACCAACAGAAAAAAACAAACAAAUUUGUUGUUGCCAUCAACCUUUUAGAAGAAUCGUUUCGCCCAGGCAAAAAAGGAUAUGAGAAAACAAUGUGGUGCUUAAAAGAUCGAUUAGAUUUAAUAUUUGAUUUUCACAUAUCAUGGGAACCUCAUGACGACAAUAUCUGCUCCAGCUCAGUUGGUGUCUAUUUUGUCGGUAAAUGCAAAGAGGUCAAAAGGCUGGACCCCCACAGGACUUCCCGCAUUGAAACAAGUGUGCUGUGUCCUAGGCUUGAUGCCCAGCAUCCCACAGGCUCUGAUAGUGGGUGUCACUACAGGGAUGUGUUUGAGUGGAUGGGAGCUUUAGCUUGUAACGUACCAUUACCAACAGAAGUUGACAACUAUGUUUCCAGCUUGUUAGCACCAGAACCCAACGCAAAUUGUCCUCGCUGUUGUGUGUUCCAAGCUUCAGGUUUUAUUACACCAAAAACUAUUCUCAAUGUCUGGAACAUCAUAAGAUCCCAUUCAGACCAGUUUGAGAACUACCCUGUCUGUCUGAUGGUCCAUGGCUACAGUGACUCUCCUGUGAAUAAAAACCAGUUUUACUCCUCCAGGGACAACUUCUAUUCUCUAGCUCUGUUUGAUGAAGAUCAGUGCUGGUCUUUUGCACCUUGUAAUUCUUAAUAAAUAAUUUUUUUUUAA